GUUAAGAGAUGUCGUGGGUACACGGAGGUAUCCCCUUUCAGCGAAAACGCACUCUCAGCUCGUUGGACGAUGAUGAGUCCAACGCCAGUAAGCGGCUUCGUCGCCAAUCUACGCUUCCAUUUGACACACCGUUAAGCACUCUCUCCCCGGGCUCUUCACGGGCAGGGCCGUCCCGAACGCGAUCCCUCAUGGAAGAAGGUCACGACGAGCUCGUCCGAGCAAUUCACUCUAGUCCUCGACGCCCUCGUUUGAGCGGAGCAGGGUCAUUCGCAUACUCGAACUCGCCCUCACGGGCGUCAUCCAUCGCAGGCGACGGUAUUGGUUCCGGAUUCGACCUGAUGAGAACAAACUCCAUCAGCGGCCGUCAGUCGAUGACCCCCGGGGAACCUUCCUAUGCUCCCCACUCCGCGUACCACGUUCUGCGUUCGGUCAACAACAUCGACUACGCGGUCGCUCCGGUUGCCGGCGAUGCAGCCGACGCCGCGCCGGCCUCGCCGGUGAGCUGGUCCCAGUCGAACGCCGUGGUUUUUGGACGCGGGAACCGCGUACAUUACAAGAACAUGGCGGACACAGAGGACGUCGCACAACAGCUAUGCAAAGUUACAAGCAGCCUCGGCAAUUUGCGUCUGGUCCAGUGCGGGGGAAAGGAGCAGCCGAACGUUGUAGCGCUCGCAACCUCGAACGGUUGGGUCCAGCUGUGGGACCUCGUCGCUAAGAAGAUGUUGAUGAACUGGCGCAUGAAGAGCGCGACGUCGUUGUGUUUCGGCGAGAACAUGCUCACCAUCGGCGACGAGAAGGGUACCCUGCGGCAUUACGACCCCCGCGCGACCGACUCUACCAAGCUGAAGGAACAGCUGAAGAAGGUGACCCGUCAUCAGGGCCGCAUCCUCAACGGCGCCUGGAAGGAGGAUGGCAAGUUCCUCGCUACUGGCGACCAGAAUGGACUCGUACUCUUGUGGGACGCGCGUCGGCCCCGUGUUCCGCUUGAGGUCGGCGAGAUGGUCCAACGUCGUCGGAAGAUGCAGCACGUCGGGGCGGUUACGGCUCUUGCGUGGUGCCCCUGGCAAAGCAAGUACCUGGUCACGGGCGAUUCCGCGGCCGACGGGACUGGAACAAUCCGCGUUUGGGAUGUCAAUGCGGUCGACGACAACGCAACCUCGGUAUCCGAGUGGCCAACGAAGAUCGAGCUCGACGCUCAGGUCACCUCCCUCCACUUUUCACCUCACAUCCGCGAGAUGUUGAGCACCCACGGUCCAGGCAAAAUUGCCCCAGCACCCACGACCCCCUCUACACCCAUCACUCCGAUCGACGAUCCAUUCGGGGCCAGCAUAUCUGUCCACUCCGAUCCCUUCAUCUCGCGCAUCAGUAACUCCGUCGUCGUGCACCAGUUCCCUACGAUGCGCCGUGUGACGACCGUGGCCGUCGCGAAGAAGAACAUUGCGGGCAGCGUGUUGAGCCCCAACGGUCACCGCAUCGUCUUCGCGGUGCCAGAGGAGUCGCAGCUGAAGGUGUGGGACGUAUGGGGGAAGUUCAAGGCGCCGAAGCCUCCGAGCUUGUACGAGGUGUGCGCGAUCCGGUAGAGUCCUAGAGUGAACCGGACGGCGAUCACACAGGUUUAUUACGUGCCGCCGGCCCAGGCUAUUCUCUUAUCAUGCAUCACAGCGUCACCGCCUCACGAAUCGGUAAGUCCUUGUUUUUAAUCAUGUAACUUAUUAUGUAGCCAUCUACGAUGUAUAAUGCUCCCCCGCGCGCCGCGGCGGUACCAUGGUGUUAUGUGUACGCGUAAGAUACGCGCAGUCGGUGUACUUGUCUUCCCUUCUCCCCCAUCGCGUUCCCCCCACCCGCGGCCGAGUAGUAGCAUGUGUUGUGUCAGGAGAACUUUCCCAGUCUAUCGUUGUGGCGAUCAGGAUAUGGAUUCCUUGUAGGAGUUGCGCGUUGUCGAGAAGUCGAGUAGUGGUGGAAGCAUACCGAGAAUGAUGAUGAUGAUGCC